AUGGGUUGCGAUUGCGGUUCCGGAAACACCUGCGGAUGCAGUGGACCCAGCAGCUGCACUUGCGGAAGCUCGUGCUCUUGCAAGCAGUGCGGCGCUGAGCUCCAAAGAGAUCAAGAACCACUAUCGAGCAGUAGGACAUAUGAAGAGACGGCAGACAUGUUCGGUGGCGAGGGCUCUUAUCUAGUGUCAUGGACUUCGAUGACCUUGUCUGAAGCGCAAUCUUGUUUUGCCAAAAGGAAAUCUAUGUCCUAUAUAGAAUGUACAUAUCGCAAUCGGAUGUUAGGAUUAGGCGUGCCUCGACUUCGCACACGACCCUCGUUGCUGGAUCUGAUUGCCAGUCAAAAAACCGCAGUGUUGUCGGGAGUUGGUUCGAGGUCGUCAUCACCGCCUGAGCUAGAAGGCCAAAACCAGCAGUUGGAACUGCCACCGCUCCCCGUGUCGCCCACUUCAUCAUCCUGCAGCAGCGACAACAGCCUCUCCUCCCCUCUUUCUCCCAUCCACCGCCGCCCCUCUUCCUCCACUCCCUCCAUCCACGACCAUACUUCACACAAGAUGGCCCCCUCCGCUGCUGAUGGCGAGAACCAGCAUGGUUCCGUCUUCUCCGUCUCCGGACCCGUCGUCGUGGCCGAGCAUAUGAUCGGUUGUGCUAUGUACGAGUUGUGUCGAGUCGGUCAUGAUCUGCUUGUCGGAGAAGUCAUUCGUAUCGAUGGAGAUAAGGCCACCAUUCAGGUCUACGAGGAAACCGCUGGCUUGACGGUUGGCGACCCCGUUCAGCGUACAGGCAAGCCUCUUUCGGUUGAGCUCGGUCCCGGUUUGAUGGAAACGAUUUACGAUGGUAUUCAGCGCCCCCUGAAGGAUAUCUCCGAACAGUCCAAGGGUAUCUACAUUCCCCGUGGUAUUGCAGUCAAUGCCUUGGAUCGUGAGAGGAAAUGGGACUUCAAGCCUGGGAAAUACAAGGUCGGCGAUCACAUCACUGGUGGUGACAUCUGGGGUACCGUUUUCGAGAACAGCUUGGUGAAUGACCACAAGAUCAUCCUUCCUCCCCGCGCGAGGGGUACUAUUACCAGAAUCGCCGAGGCUGGUAGCUACACAGUUGAUGAGAAACUUCUUGAAAUCGAGUUCAAUGGCGUGAAGACUGAGCACAGUAUGAUGCACACCUGGCCCGUCCGUGUGCCCAGACCUGUGAACGAGAAGCUGGCCUCCGACUCUCCGUUCAUUGUCGGCCAGCGAGUCUUGGACUCUCUUUUCCCCAGUGUCCAAGGUGGUACCGUCUGCAUUCCCGGCGCCUUCGGAUGCGGUAAGACUGUCAUUUCUCAGAGUGUGUCCAAGUUCUCCAACAGUGAUAUCAUCGUCUACGUCGGUUGCGGUGAGCGUGGUAAUGAGAUGGCUGAAGUGUUGAUGGAUUUCCCCGAGCUUUCCAUCGACAUCGACGGUCGCAAGGAGCCUAUCAUGAAGCGUACCUGCCUGAUCGCUAACACCUCCAACAUGCCUGUCGCCGCCCGUGAAGCCUCUAUCUACACCGGUAUUACGAUCGCCGAAUACUUCCGUGACCAAGGAAAGGACGUGGCUAUGAUGGCGGAUUCCAGUUCUCGCUGGGCCGAGGCUCUCCGUGAAAUCUCCGGUCGUCUGGGAGAGAUGCCUGCUGAUCAGGGUUUCCCCGCCUACCUUGGUGCUAAGCUUGCCUCCUUCUAUGAGCGUGCCGGAAGGAGUAUCGCCCUCGGAAGCCCCGAGAGAACCGGCAGUGUCAGUAUUGUCGGUGCCGUCAGCCCUCCAGGUGGUGAUUUCUCGGACCCUGUUACCAGCAGCACUCUCGGUAUCGUCCAGGUUUUCUGGGGUUUGGACAAGAAGCUGGCUCAGCGCAAGCACUUUCCUUCGAUUAAUACGUCGAUCUCCUACAGCAAGUAUACCACGGUUCUGGACCGGUACUACGAGAAGCACCACCCCGAGUUCCCUCGUCUGCGUGAUCAGAUUCGUGAGCUUUUGACCAAAUCGGAAGAUCUGGACCAGGUGGUGCAGUUGGUCGGUAAGGCGGCAUUGGGUGACUCGGAUAAGAUCACCCUGGAUGUGGCUGCCAUGGUCAAGGAUGAUUUCCUGCAACAGAACGGCUACAGUGACUACGAUCAGUUCUGUCCCCUGUGGAAGACUGAGUACAUGAUGAAAGCUUUCAUGGGCUACCAUGACGAAGCGCAGAAGGCCGUUGCCCAGGGUCAGAAUUGGGCCAAGGUUCGCGACGCCACGGGUGAUAUCCAGACCGCUCUGCGGAACAUGAAGUUCGAAGUGCCAGACAACGAGGCGGAGGUGUCUAACAAGGCAUUCAUUCAUACACUCGAUUCCAUACACUUGACUGCUGUCUUUCUACCAGAUAAAGCUUUUUUUUUUCUAAUUUGGAGCGAUUCCCUAAUCAUCAUUGCCAGCCAUGGCAAGCCCAACUGGCUUCUCGUGCGCAAUCCCCCCUCCCCCUUGGGCCCUCGUGCCCUCGAUGCUAGGAUAAAUGUCAACGAUCCCAGCUUGAUCUCCCUGGUCAAUAAGCUGCAGGAUGUCUUCGCUACUGUCGGAGUUCACAACCCCAUCGACCUGCCUCAAAUUGCCGUCGUCGGUUCGCAGUCUAGCGGAAAGAGUUCCGUCUUGGAGAAUAUUGUUGGCCGCGAUUUCCUGCCCCGUGGUUCCGGAAUUGUCACUCGCAGACCCCUCAUUCUGCAACUGAUCAACAAGCCCGCUGCCAACGCACAGACCAACGGUGUGAAGGAAGAAGAGUUGGAAGGCACGGAUAAGGAGGCAAACGUGGACGAGUACGGCGAGUUCCUGCACAUUCCCGGCCAAAAGUUCUACGACUUCAACAAGAUUCGCGAUGAAAUCGUGCGCGAAACCGAACAGAAAGUUGGCCGCAACGCCGGCAUCUCGCCCGCCCCGAUCAACCUCCGCAUCUACUCGCCCAACGUCCUGACGCUGACGCUGGUUGACUUGCCCGGUUUGACCAAGGUGCCGGUGGGUGAUCAGCCCAAGGACAUCGAAAAACAGAUUCGGGACAUGGUCAUGAAGUAUAUCAGCAAGCCCAAUGCUAUCAUCCUUGCUGUCACUUCCGCUAACCAGGAUUUGGCCAAUUCGGAUGGCUUGAAGCUGGCGCGCGAGGUGGAUCCCGAGGGUCAGCGUACCAUCGGUGUCUUGACCAAGGUGGAUCUGAUGGACGAGGGCACCGAUGUCGUGGAUAUUCUUGCGGGCAGGAUUAUCCCCUUGCGCCUGGGUUAUGUGCCGGUGGUCAACCGCGGUCAGCGCGAUAUUGAGAACAAGAAGCCCAUUGCGUAUGCGCUGGAGAACGAGAAGAACUUCUUCGAGAACCACAAGGCUUAUCGCAACAAGUCGUCAUACUGUGGAACGCCCUAUCUUGCCAGGAAGUUGAACUUGGUGCGCAUAGCUCCCUGGUACAUGACUAUCCUCAUGAUGCACAUCAAGCAAACGCUUCCCGACAUCAAGGCCCGCAUCUCGUCCUCUCUUCAGAAAUACUCUUCCGAACUUUCGCAGCUUGGCGACUCGAUGCUCGGUAACAGCGCUAACAUCAUACUGAACAUUAUCACCGAGUUCAGCAAUGAGUACCGCACUGUGCUGGAGGGUAACAACACCGAACUUUCGAGUAUUGAGCUGUCCGGAGGUGCCCGUAUCAGCUUCGUGUUCCACGAGCUCUACUCGAACGGUGUCAAGGCAGUCGAUCCUUUUGAUCAGGUGAAGGACAUUGAUAUCCGUACUAUCCUCUACAACUCUUCCGGAUCGUCACCAGCUCUCUUCGUUGGCACGACCGCUUUCGAAUUGAUUGUGAAGCAACAGAUCAAGCGACUGGAGGAUCCUAGCUUGAAGUGUAUUUCCUUGGUGUACGACGAACUCGUCCGCAUUCUUGGUCAGCUUUUGAACAAGCAGCUCUUCCGGAGGUAUCCUAUGCUAAAGGAGAAAUUCCAUGCCGUGGUCAUUGGAUUCUUCAAGAAGUGCAUGGAGCCGACCAACAAACUGGUUCGGGAUCUUAUCGCCAUGGAGACGGUUUACAUCAAUACUGGACACCCCGACUUCCUCAACGGACACCGCGCCAUGGCUAUUGUCAACGAACGUCAACUUGGAAGCAAGCCGACGCAAGUAGACCCCAAGACCGGCAAGCCCCUCCCUCCGCGGGCCAACAGCCCUUCGGUCGAGACCCCUACCGACACCGGCAGCUCUGGGUUCUUCGGCAGCUUCUGGGCCUCGAAGAACAAGAAGAAGAUGGCUGCUAUGGAGCCGCCACCGCCCACUCUGAAGGCCUCUGCCGCCCUGUCCGAGCGGGAGAGCAGCGAAGUUGAAGUGAUCAAGCUGCUUAUCACAUCGUACUUCAACAUUGUCAAGCGCACCAUGAUCGAUAUGGUUCCCAAGGCCAUCAUGUACACCCUUGUCCAAGCCAGAUUCACCAAGGAUGAGAUGCAGCGCGAGCUCCUGGAGAUGAUGUACCGCAACAACGAGUUGGAUGAACUCCUCAAGGAGAGCGAUUACACCAUCCGCCGGCGGAAAGAGUGCCAGCAAAUGGUGGAGAGCCUAUCCCGCGCUAGCGAGAUUGUCAGCCAGGUUCAUAAUCAUUCUCUCCCCCCCACCUCAUCUCACAUUGAGCGUCCCACCAUCUCCCGCUUGUUUCCAAUCCAAGAACUGAAGCCAACAUGUGUUUCGGAUACAGAUUUCCUGUCAUCUUCACCAGAUGCACCCAGGAGGUCCGUCAUCUCGCUUGGAAAGAAAUCUACUUCCAAUGCCGUGACCGGUGCAACGAUCCGACGAACUUCAAGCCUGGGCAGCUUGUAUGUGAGGAACGCCCCAUGCCGCCUCUGCCAAUGGGACUUCAAGGCCGAAGGCUUCGAUCCGAGCAACGGUGCGAGACUCUGCCAGAAGAGACAUACUGACCGAAACUCCCCAUCACGGGAGAAACAGGUCAUCAAGCGUCCUCACGAUUACGAACUCAACUGGAUCAUGGAAUACAUGAACGACCUCCUCCCCGUCGGCUCGCGGGCUAUCCCUCCAGUUGAGACAGCCAAGAACCCUCGCAGCAUGGUCGAUUACUGGCUGGCCGUCGAGGAACCAGCGGCCGAUGACGACACGGAUGACAGUGACGACUCCGAGGCGUCCGAGGACGACGACGCUGACGAUUUCGACUUCGUCACUGAUGAGGACUACACUUCUGAUUUCGAGGUGCUUGAUGAGUUCGAGCUGGGGUGUUCGCUGAAGGAUACGGCUAGGUUUGCUAUGGCUCCUAUCUUGCCAUAG